AAUUUGUGGCUGUGAUUGUUUUAAGGAGAUGUUUCCCAAACAUCUGUCUUUAUUGGCCUAUGUUUCUUAGUUUUCUGAAGAUUAGAAAGUAGGGUUAUGAAUUUUUUCGAAGAUUGCUUCUUGGGGUGGUAAUUCCAGUAGUUGGGUGGUAGGUAUAUAUAAUUGACCUAGGGUAUUUGGGGCCUCUUUUAGUAUGAGUUUGUAGGUGUUUUCUUUUGGUUGCUCGGGCUGUAAAGCCUGUAUACUGCUUGUAUACUUUUUUCUUAUUUUUUUGAGAAAAAGGCAAUGUAUUAUAUAAAGCUGAGAAAAAUAAUGUACAAAUCCCUCUUCAGUAAGAUACUGCACAGGGGCCACACAUCCCAAAAAAGUAUGCUAAUUACAUCACAAGCCUAGAUACAAAAAGAUUGCUAUAAUUAAAAGAAAAAGUGUAAGGUGUAUCCUUUAACUUCUUAUGAACAGAUGCCUAUGAAUAGAUUUUACCCCAUAAACUUUUCAAUACUGUAUCUUCUGUACUGUAUUUGUCUUCAAAAAGCCUCCUGUUUCUCUCUGACCACAUAACCCAAAUUUUGCUACUGAUAUCACUCUCCAGAGUAUUUUUCCCUUUUUAGACAGGCUCUCAACUGCCAGCACCAUAAUACCUCCUUCUGAUCCCUAGGGAAGCAGAAUUCACCAUAAAACAAACCCACUGCUUGCUGAUCAAAAAAAAAAAAAGACCAAUGCUUCUUUCCAGAGCCUCCUUGAAAAUUGCAAUGAAUAAAUAAAUGUUCUGCUUCUUCUAAGGCUUCUCCACACAUCACACACCUGCUUUGCUCCACCACCAUUUCUCUUCUUCCAAGCCUGUAGCCGUUAAGCACUUUCCAGGAGUGGCUGUCCAAAACACAAAAAAAAAAAAGGAGAGCUACUGUUUUCCAAACUCUAUCCUCCAAGAAACUCUCCAAAUCCUCAUAAAUCAACCUUCUAUAGAAAGAUUUAAGCAAGUUUAUUAAACAAGUUUAUCAAUCAUGAUUGAAUCUUUGAUCAACUUAUCAACAAAUUCAUAGGAGCUACACUCAUGUGCAAUCAACCCUUAGCACAAAAGUUGCAACAAAAUGCAACAUCAUGCAGUGGCUUCUAAAAAUGGCCAAUGAAUCAGAAAGAGGAUUUUGACAGAAAUAUUUCAUAGAGGUUCUUUAUGCAGCAAAACCUUAAACACCCAAAAUUUUCUAGAACUCUACAACCUAUAUACUUUUCCCCUUGAUUGAUAAAUUUGUCAUUAAAAUAUACACUAGGAACUGGUUUAGCUACUUUUUCCAGAGAAAAAGGCCAGAAGGUUGACACUAAGGGCACGUUUGAUAACUCUUUUUAGAGGUCUGAAGUCUGAAAUUCUUGCUUUUCAAAUGCCAGACUCGUUUGGUGUUGCAUCUGAAAACCGACCUGAAAUCUGUUUUCAGAUUGAAAUUUUAAGUUCACAGCCUGGCACUUAACGUGCUCAGAUGCGUUUCAGAGCCAACACAAAGUCGAAAAUGCCCUACUAAAAAUUGCAAAAUGGCACGAAUUACCCCUGUUUAACCCCAAACCUAAAAAACCUAAUUCAUUUGUAUUUUCUCUCUUGAACGAACGAGAAGGAAGAUCGCCGCCUGCAUCUGAUUUCUCUCUAGGUUUCUCUCUCGAACAAACCUGCACGUCUUAAGAUUGCUCCAGUUUUCAUGGCCGCAAACCUUUGCGUUGAACAAACUGCAUCUGAAAUUGCUUCUUGCUGUAUUCUUAAACUUUUAGGGGUAGCACUGCACGACCUACGGAGACGACCUGUGAAGCGGUUUGGAUGCAGCGGAGGAAAGGGGAAACGAACACUGUGAAUAGGGAAAUCAAGCUUGUCACGGAGCUUCCUCCCAGUGCAGAAGGCUUGAACUUUGUCGGCUUCCGUGAGCGAUGAGUCCAGGGGCACACCGCUGUGGUGACCCACAAGGGCUUCGCGUUGUUAAUCUGGUCACCAUGCCGCAUCAUGAUCACCGUCCCAGGGGCGCACCGUCGAAACCACUGAUGGGCAUGGUCUAUGCUUUCUGAUGAUUGAUGCAUCUAAGAUGUGAAACGUUUCAGGCGAGGGCGAGAUGACGAGUUAGGGAACGAUAUAAUUUUCUGAAUAAAUUAUAUUUAAAGUAGCUCUGCUUCCAUUCCAUUUGAUCACAACUUCACAACCUUCGUGUUGCCCAAUUUCCAAACAAAAAAUUUUCAUAAUCCAAAACAGAGGAUGAGUUCGACAAGCAGAGCUUGGACCGUAGCUGCGAGCAUUGGAGCAGUUGAGGUUUUGAAGGAUCAAGGUUUUUGUAGAUGGAACUAUGCUCUUAGAUGUCUGCAUCACCACACCAAGAACAAUAUGGGAUCCUUCUCUCAGGCCAAGAAGAUCUCUUCUUCAAUGGCCCCGGUGAGUAAGAAGUUGAUGAUAGAUCAGCAGAAGAUGAAGCAUUCUGAAGAAUCCCUUAGAAAAGUUAUGUAUUUGAGUUGUUGGGGUCCCAAUUGAACUCACGGUUCUGUACAUAUUUCUCUGUAAACUAAACUAAACUCUAAUGGAGAAUACAUGUGUUACAAUUUCCUUCAUUUCUUAUCGUUAAGUUUUAUCUUACAUCUUCUUCCUCCCACCUUCCAUUCACUUUUUAAGACAUGGUUCCCCAUUUGUGACCAGAAUUUAAG